AUGUGUUACGCAUGUUACCAGGCCCAGUCCUAUGCGAAUGUGUUCGAUCUACGCAAAUCCCUUCGUUGUUACAAUCAGGCACUGCAACUAUGCGAGAAACAAUCUGCCCCUGAAUCCCCUCAUCCGAAACUCGUCGAACUGCUCCAGUUGUCCUCGUACACAUUGUUGGAGCUGGGUGAAAAAGAAAAGGCCAAAAAGCGUCUUCUUCGAGUUCUGUCGCUUACUAGUGAGCCUCCCUACCAAACCCUGAUGUAUUUGGCCCAGCUUGCUGAAGGCAAGGACUCACUCAAGUACUAUCGUCAAGGCUUGGAAGCUCUGCGUAUUGAGGCCGCAAAGGUUUCCUCUCCUGACACGUCUGCCACCUCUUCAACUUCCAGUCAAGUUCAAUCCCUUGGACGAGCAGAGUCCAGCGCAUGGUGUGCGAUUGCAGAGCUGUACAUGACAGAUUUAUGGUGUUGUGGCUUCUAG